AUGCGCGGCUCCUGGGACGAGUCCACGACGGCGGCGCUGCACGCGCGCAUCCUGGAGGCGCACCGCGGGCCCGCGGCCGACCGCGCCGCCGAGCCCGCGCCCUGCGCCGACCCGCCGCCCGGCCUGUCCAUCAACGCCGUCGAGCUGGCUGCGCCCACGCCUCUCCUGCCGCUCCCGACGCUCUCCUUCAGCGCCGCGCAAGUCGCCACCGUCUGCGAAACCCUCGAAGAAAGCGGAGACGUCGAACGGCUCGCCAGAUUUCUGUGGUCUUUGCCAGUCGCACAUCCAAAUGUGGCCGAACUCGAAAGAUGCGAGGCCGUACUUCGAGCGCGAGCCGUCGUGGCUUUCCAUGCGGGACGGCACCGAGAGCUAUAUUCCAUACUGGAGAGACACCGCUUCCAGCGGUCGAGCCAUGCAAAGUUGCAAGCCCUGUGGCUGGAGGCCCAUUACCAGGAAGCAGAGAGGCUGAGAGGGCGCCCGCUCGGGCCCGUCGACAAAUACCGCGUCCGCAAGAAGUUUCCUUUGCCCCGAACGAUCUGGGAUGGUGAACAGAAGACGCACUGUUUCAAAGAACGGACACGAUCUCUCCUCAGGGAGUGGUAUUUGCAAGAUCCGUAUCCAAAUCCGACAAAGAAGAGGGAGCUGGCGGCUGCGACGGGGCUGACGCCGACGCAGGUGGGCAACUGGUUCAAAAACCGACGGCAGCGGGACCGCGCUGCGGCGGCCAAGAACCGAUCUGCUCUCCUCGGCCGAGGCUUCGCCUCCUCCUCCACGUACGACGAGGACUCAGUCGACUCCGAGAUCAACGUGGACGAAGAAUAGGCCGAGCCCGUGUACAGACUGAUAGUGUAAAUAAUCACGGUGAUACAAUUUUUAUAAGCGCGACUCCACCGACCCGCUCGGCCGUCGCACGAACGUUCUCAGUGACAAAUGGACGAUGCAAUAUAGACAAAGUUAUUCAUUAUCCCAGUUAGAGUCACAAAGUCCGUGAUGUAUGUGAUGUUAAGGCAUGGUAAACAAGUUUAUUAGGGCAUAAUUUUAUUGUUGAAAGUGUAAAGCGAGUGCUUGAAGUAAAAUCAGCAUUUCUACGCAUCAGGUAUGUACCUCUCUACUUUGUAGUGAAGUUUCGGUAGGUGUUGCCUUGGGUUUCAUAAAUUAAGCAUUUUCGGGCUAUUCCAUCAUUUUUCUAGCAACAAGAGAAAAUUUUAAAUUUCGGUUAAACAGGGUUUAUUUCAAAGUUUUAUUCGAAUCACUAUUGACUUAUCCAGUGAGGAUAUUCGAUUAUUUAUUUAGUUUUCUUUUAGGUAAAGUUAUAAGAUCUACAUAUUAAGCCUUUUUCCGACAAGCAUUUACUUACCUAA